UCAGUCAAGUUCACACAUCUGAGUUGAUAACAAGUGCCUUUUUAAAAUUGAGAAUAAAAUGAAAUUUUGUUUACUUUUAAUAUUUAUUUAUAAAAUCGCGGCCUUUCCAACCGUAAUCGACGAUCGUGUUGUAUUUCCUGAUGAACUAGAGAACAAUCAAAACUCGAAUGAUUUAAAUUUCAAUGAUCUUGAAAGUCGAUUUGAUGACGAUGGAGGAGAUCUCAAACUUGACCUUACACCUUUUCUGAAUGACUCAAAUAUUUUAAAGUCAGAUAAUGACACAGAAGAGUUUUUGUAUGAGGAACAAUCAGGAGGGAAACCUCAAUAUGGUGAUUUAUUUCAAGGUGAUAUUGAAUUAGUGCCAGAACAAGUUAAGCUUCUAAAUGGCACUGGCGAAGAUGCUGAUCUUGCAGAUAGAACUGGAUUGAUCUCAGCAGUUUAUCGAUGGCCUAAAAAUAGGAACGGAAAAGUUAUUGUUCCUUACAUUAUAUCAAGUAUUGACUACUCAUUCAAAGACAGACAACGCAUUUUGCUAGGCAUGGCUGAUAUUGAAAAAUACACAUGCAUAAAAUUUAUGCCUCGAUCUCAACAAUAUGAUUACAUUUAUAUUAAAUCUGGAUCUGGUUGUUCAUCAAAUCUCGGAAAAAUUGGUGGAAAACAAACAGUCAGUCUUCUCAAAAAUGGCUGUCUAAAUCGUUCAACAGUAAUUCAUGAACUUAUUCAUAGUCUUGGAUUUGAUCACAUGCAAAAUAGAUCAGAUCGUGAUAUUUAUGUCUGGAUUAUGUGGGAGAAUAUUGAGAACAAACAUAAACAUAAUUUUGAAAAAGUCGAUUCUAGAAGAUUUAAAAAUUUUGACACACCAUAUGACUACUAUUCAGUCAUGCAUUAUGAGCCAAUGGCUUUUUCUAAAAAUAAUAAAAGGACGAUUUUACCGAAAUUCAAAGGAUACAGAAAUGUAAUAGGACAACUUAAUGGAAUGAGUCAUGGAGAUGCUAAGAGAUUGAAUAGAAUGUAUCAGUGCAAAUUUUAGAGAUGAUUAAAAAUUGUCCAUAUUCAGCACAUUUAGAGGCUUAACCAGGAAUUUG